CAGCGACCCGGCCGCGACCCGACUGCCUCGCACCACUAAUCACCAACACCGACACGACCGCAUAAAGUGCCCACCACGCGCAUCGGCCGCCGACAGCCUUGAACGGCAAUCGCACGCAAUCAUGUCGUCCUACCUAAACAACCUCCUUACGAACACGACUUCGCGCUACAACAAUCUGCGACGACAGAUCCUCUCAGACGAAGCAGACGGCGACACAGAGGACGACUCGCAUCUUUCCAGAGUUCUUCGCGCAUACUACACAGAGAAAGGAAGGCCGUUUCCUCAAUGGCUUCCACCCGACCCAAAGGCGCCCCAGCCUGCGCCCGCCCAAUUCGUGUCUUCGCGACAACAGGCACAAGCACAAACAGCAGGCCGAGGAGGAGGCUUGAGCGACCUGUGGGAUAAUCCCGCGCCUCAACAACCACCGCAAGAACCUCAGUCACUUCGCAGAGGGCCAGGAGCACGGGGCGGUGGAGCGCGUCCCAUGCAAGGCCGGCCCAUGGGCAACUCGUUGACACCAGAGCCUCAAAUACAGGGCAGGCCACUACCUAGCCAACGAGCAGGGAGCUACCAGAGCUCGUUGGGAGGACGUCCGCAGGCGGAAGCUUCACCACCACCGAGCGCAGGUACAGGGUCGGGCACAUCAGCACAAGAAAGGCUCAAGGCCAGGUUAUGGGGACGGUCACAAAGCCCAGCACCUCGUGGACUCUCUUCGGAAUCUGCCAAUUCGCAAUCAUCCCCGCAAGGUGGACGGGCACCCUACCCUGAGGAUCGAAGUAACAGCUACGGAAGCAGUGGCAGCGGCGGGAGACAGCAGGGCUCAUUUGGCAUGUCAUCGAACUCCCCAUGGAGCGGGAACGAUGAUCCGUAUGCGCCACAGGGAGGAGGAUAUGGCGGCGGCGCACCUCCACCACAACGCGGACCGCAGGGUGGACGUAUGGGCCUGCCAAGCGGACCACGCAUGCGUUGAGCAUGAUCUUCAUGUAUGCAGCACGGCGUAACGGAGUUGGAUUUCUGUCGUCACUGGGUGGGCAAGUAUGGGGUUUGUAGACCUGGACCACAUAGACGAAUACCUAAUCAAUACAUUCAGCUCAUAAUCACUUUGAAAGCAGAAUUUCGUUC